AUGACUACUCCUAAUGAAAUAUCAUUUAUCGUUUCUCAAAAAGGAAAAAAAAUGUUGAAUAUAAACAAUUUCAUCUUUAAAUUGAAUAAGACAACAGGUACAACAAAAUAUUAUCGAUGUGAAGACUCACGUUGUACUGUUACUGCACGUACUGAUCUUCAAGAUACUCUUUUGAACAUUAAAGGUGAUCAUUGUCAUCCACCUGAACCAGAAGAAAUUAGCGGCGGCGCCAGGAAUUUAGACUAG